AGGAGAGCUCGAGAAGAAGGUCUUGAACAUGUCGUGGACAGUUAUUGGUGCGCUCAUCUUGCUGAGCUCUCAAGCCUUCGCUGAGGAUUUAGAAGGCCGCUUCACUGGGGGUGCGGACGUCCAGUUUGUCCCCGGCUACGUGGCCACGAUUCUGCCUUUGGGGCUGGAAAUCAACAACACCGAGUUCUGCGGCGGAGUGCUUAUAAACUCUUCCCUGAUCUUGACGGUCGCAUCGUGCAUGUUCGGCGCGAAUGCCGCGAUCAUUUCCUCCGGCUUCCGCACCGACAACCUGGUGGCGGAAAUCGCGACGGGACAAAUCUCCUACAUGACCCAGAUCUACUACCAUCCAGAUUUCAUGAGGAACACGCACGUUAACGACAUCGCCAUCAUCCGCGUCUACCCGCCGUUCAAUAUCACGAGUACCGUCUUCCCGAUCAGUCUUCCCAAGGGCUCCAAUGUCAGGGGGGACGCAAUUGGAAAGAACUGGCAGCUGACCUGGUUUAGUUUCGGUAACUACAACGAAACGAACAUGCCCGACACCAUGCAGUCCGUCGAAUUUACCUAUUUGCCGACUAAGAAUUGCACUAACAUCUACGCCAAAAAACCCUACUGGUACCACCUGCAAAAAUCUUUGUUUUGCAUGGCUCCCUCCCAAACCGUUGGCAUUUGUCCGGGCGACGCUGGCAGUCCGGUCAUCGCGGUCGACAAGAAGACCAACAAGCCAUUCUUGGUGGGCUUGGCAAGCAAGGACACUGAUGAUCGCUGCCCAGUGACCCCCAAUGCCGCCAACAAGCACACGCCAGAUCUGUUCGUCAGGAUCGACCCCUUCUUCAAGUGGAUCCAAUCCAUGGGAGGACCGAAGUCUCAAUAAAUUUUUAUACUGAUCUUUUCGUUGAUCCCGAAAAUAAAAUGAAUCGUAUUUGAA